AUGAGGGAGGCCGUGGGGGUUAUCUGCAUGCUCUCUCUAGGCGUGGGGGCGACGCAUGCAAGUUGGGAUGUGUAUGGAGGUGAUGCUGCUGCAGCAGCUGCAGCAGCAGCAGGAGAGUUAAGGGCCCUGGAGGUAGCAGCAACAGAUGCAGCAUCAGAAGCAGCAGCAAAUGGGGCAACAGUACCUGCAGCAGCAGAUCUAGCAGCAGCAGCAGCAGAAGAAAGAAGGAGGGGAUACCUGGAUACGAUCCCCCAGCUGUCCCAUAGGGCACCAUCUAUAGAUAUAGAGGGACCAUCAUUUGCUGCUGCAUCUGUUGCUGCUGCUGCUCCUACGGAUACUUUUGCUGUUGCUCCUAAGGAGAAGAUACAUGGUAUUAAGACAGCAGCAACAGGUCUCCUUCUCCUUCUUGCUGCUCUUGUAUUCAGCAGCAGCAGCAGCAGAAGCAGCAAGAAAAAAGACAAAAAAAACAAGGAGGGACAUAGGGAUCAGGAGUUAUAUAUUCUUGAGGAGUUUGGGUAUCUGAAGGAAGGUGGUGCUGCAGCUGCUGCUGCUCCUGCUGCAGCUGCUGCUGCUCCUGCUACAGCAGCAAGUGUUGCUGCAGCAGGUGCAGCAGCAGUUGCACUAUCAGGACUUAUAGAGAUUAUUUUCUCCUUAUAUAGGAGACACUCUGCCUCCUCAGGAGACAGGGUGUAUAGGGGUCUCCCCCAGUUGCUGCUAGCAUUAGCUGCUGUUGCUGCUGUUACUUUAGGUACCAGCAGCAGCAGCAGCAUCAGCAGCAGCAGCAGCAGCAGCAUAGGUGCUGCAGCAAAUACAGGAGGAAAAGGACCGCUGCAGCGGGGGGUCUCCUCUUUUGCUGCUGUACUAGCAGCACUAGGUUUGCUGCUGCUUGCUCCUGGUCUUCUAUGGAGGGGAGCAGCAAGGUUGCUGCAGCAGCAGCAGCAGCAGCAAGAGGAGGAUAAUUAUAAUACUUUUUAUACAGAAGAAUAUAUAGAAGGAGAUGCAGCAGCAACAACAGCAGCAGGUGUCUCGGCUACAGCAGCAGAGCAUGCAGCAGACAGCGAGGGAGGACGCACAGGCGUAGACUCUGUUGCACAAAGAGCAGCAACAGCAACAACAACAACAGCAACAGCAACAGCAGCAACAGCAGCAGCACAAACAGAAGUAGGUGCAGCAGACACAGCAGCAGCAGCAGCAGCAGCAGCAAACGAUCCCUAUACCCACCAGUAUCCCUACAACUAUCAUCAGCAGCAGCAACUUCAGCAGCCACUACUGCACCACCACCAGCAGCAGCAUCUGCACCAACAGCAGCAGCAGCAGCAGCAGCAGCAGGAAGAGGAAGAAGGAGAAGGAGACUCUGUAUGGGAUAGUGUCUCCUUAGGUGCCUAUACACCCGAAGAAGUGUCUCCUUUUGGUGACAAAGAGCAGCAAGACUAUCUAAGACAAAUCUCUCGUCUAUUAGGCACAGAAGGAGACACUACUACUAGUAUACCUGAUACUGCAGCAGCAGCAGCAGCAGCAGCAGAAGCAGCAGAAGCAGAAGCAGCAGAAGCAGCACCAGCAGCAGAUACAACUGCAGCAGAUGAUGCAACAGAAGAUGAGGAAGAAGAAGAAGAAGAAGAAGAUGAGGAAGAGGAAGAGGAAGAGGAAGAGGUAGAGGAACCAGCAGCAGCAGCAGCAGCAGAACCAGCACCAGCAACACCAGCAGCAACAGAAGCAACAGCAGCAACAGCAGCAGAUGGAGAUGCUGCUGCUGCAGAUACAAUUGUGUCUCCUCAAUGGGGACUGCUGCCUGCAGAAGUAGAUAGAGACACCUGGCCCUUCUAUAGCACACCUAAGGGAACAGAGACAGCAGAAGAGGAAGGAUAA